GAGAGAGAGAGAGAGAAGAGUUAUAAUAAUAAUAAUAAUAACAACUACAAACUCGACUGAUAUUAUUAUUGUUAAUCCUAUACACGUAUUUUAGGGUUAGUUUUGUGUUUAUUCAGCCGCACGGAAAUUAUUUCGUUGUUUUUUUUUUUUUUUAAUAGAUAUAUUUUUAAUUUCACGGUUUUCCACAAAUAACGCUGACGAGUCCAUCACGAGGUUUUGAGUCUCUGUUUCUUUACUCGUCAGCAGUCUGUGUACCUGUCUCUUCACUUCACACCAUGCUGGUUAUUCUGGCAGGAAUCUUCCUCGUUCAUGUCCUCUCGCUAAUCCUCCUCCUCGUCGCUACAAUCGACAAUGCUUGGUGGGUCACUAAGAUCGUGAGCACUGAUCUCUGGAGACAGUGUGUGUUAGUGAAUGGAGUGUAUAACUGCACUGCGAUUCCACAGAGCGCACCACAAGAAUCCCUCCAUGUCGUUCAAGCUCUCUCGAUCCUGGCUUGCAUCUUCUGCUUCCUCAGUCUCAUUGUGUUCAUCGCUCAGCUCUUCACUUUGCCCAAGGGACUCUCCUCUCACUCUCCAGGGGUAUUUCAACUUCUCUCAGGUCUGUGCAUCAUGAUUGCGGCUUCUAUCUACACAAACCAGUUCCAUACCAGUGACACCAGUGGGUGGUAUGGGCACUCGUUUAUACUGGCAUGGACUGCCUUCGCACUGACUUUCAUCAGCACUGUUAUCUACUUUGUACUGAGGAAAAAAACGCAGUGAGAGGAUAGAGAGGAGAGGAGAUGAGAG